AUGUCUUCGGACAACAUUGGCGGGAUACGAGUGCAGAGGGAGACUGUCAUUGUGGUGGAAGACAGUUCCCAUCUGCGCAACAGGCGAGGCGACUCUCUGGAGACCACCAUCCGUUCAAACGAGCUGGAAGAAAUGGACAGCCAAAUAUCCCAGUACAGCCGGCCCAAGACCUUCCGCAAGCUUUCGAAUGCUUCGAGCAUUCUCACCGACAUUUUCCGCCCAGACACCGACGAGGACGUCAUUCGGCGCAAGAUCAAAAGGGCGAACGAUAGGGAUAGCUCGAGGGCCCUGAUUGAGUUUCUCCGCAACACCUCGCCACCACCCCAGAACUACAUGUCCAUUCCUGACACGUUGGAGUCUCCACCUGUCACCACGAAGAAGAGACGGCCAUUUUGGUCAUUUUGGAAGAAGAGGGUCAAGAGAGGAAAGAAGGACGGGAGGCGCGCAUCUGGUGGCGUAAUUCGGCUGCCAGAUACAGCUGUUGCUGGAACAACUACUGGUGGUUAUCGCCACAUCGCCAUAUCGAUACCUAUUGAGUACGACCAUCUUGAUGAGCCUACCCAAGAGCCGACCCCGCCGCCUUCAGAUGACGAACGGGCUGGCACUGUCACGAUUCUGCCGCCAGUAGAAGAAGAGAAGCGUGAGUCUAGCGAAUCGGUUGCUUCAGGCACCACCAACGACAGUACAAGUGCCAACAGUGAGGAGUUGUUCCCGAUGCUCCCGUCGCCAGAGUCGCCCAUGGAAAGGCUCUCUACCGACCGCGUGCUCUCGGCCGCAGAACCCAUAGCACAGGGGGGGACUGGGAGCCGGACACAAUCUCGGCCACCCUCGCGGAUGGCAAACUCUUCGGUCGGUGCCCACAGCAUGAUUACUAUCCCUUCCCCCCAUGAGCUGACACCGCUCCCAAAAGGCUCGAUAUCAGAUUUCGUUCCGGUAGAUGUCGUCACUGUCGACACUCGACCUCAUACCGUCAUGAGCAAUCCCCCAAGUCCCGCAGAUGAGCCCCCUGCCAUGGGCAUCAAACGUGAUAACACCUCCAAUAUGUUCCUUCGACAACACACGCUGGAUGCUAUCCAAGACCCCCUGGAUGCGGAACAAAGCGACAGAGAGGACAUUCCGUCGACGAGACACUGCACACCUAGGAGCCCUCACCCUCUGUCUUUCCAAUCAAGGGCCGCUUCGAUCUUUCCGCCUCUAGAACCUUUCUCGCCAUUAUCACCCAAACCGAAACCCUCCUGCACUCUCCGUAUCACACCCAUCAUGACCGUUGUUGAUGUGCAGCCAGUCUCAGCACGCCAGUCACCAGCUCCUCGUUCGAAGGAGCAGCGCAGUCUUGUCAGCAAAAAAAGCACUGUUUCCCCUCUCCACGGCACCCCUGAGAUUCACAUCACCGGCUCCGACACGUCCCCCCACUCUCAACAUCAUGGACGAACAGUCCGCCAUAUGCCCAGCUUCUCCGACAUGCGAAGCACGACCUCUAUUGAACAUCUCAUUCUCGCGCGACACUCGAGUUUCGUUCCAACAGUUUCAACAAGCACCUCCUAUAGCACCCUCCCUACCAGACCACCAACGGCUUGUUCAUUCCGUCGUCCCUCUCCAGCAGCCGUCCCCCGGUCAGAGUCCCACCAGAACCUCCUACGUCAAUACGAAGAACUCCACUACACCCACAACCACGAAAUUGAACUUUUGGUUCAACGCCUCGACAGAUUAGAAUCGGUCAACAACCGCUGGCUCAACACCCUCAUCCCCCUGAUCGAGCGCCUGGCCCGCCGAUUGCCCUCUUCCAGAUCAACGUUGAGCACCUGCAAAAGCACAAGCGACAUCGCCUCGGGGGCCGCCACGCCCAGAGCCACCACCACCACCACCACCACCACUACCACCACAAGGAGGAAACACUACUCCUGCCCUCAACACCGCAGCCCCUGCCCUCAACACCACAACCCCUACCCUCGCCACCGUAUCUCCUCAGAGGCCUCCACAAACGACAGUGACUCCCUUGACUACCGACACCUCUCCCACUCCAACCCACCCAUCCCGGCGGGUUAUCAUUCCCGGUACUACGAGCCGCCACAGACAAUGAAUACCUCUGAUGUGAGCUCGCAUUAUUGGGAUCCGAGUAAUGAUGACCUGUUGCUGCAUUCGUACAGUCAGGGGGGGCAGGAGGUGGCGGUUGAUCGGUUGCCGUCACGGCAUGCGGGGGUGUCGUUGCUGGGAGGGGACUUUGGGACAAUGUUUACGAGGCGCGUUAGGGAGGUUGAACAGAGACAAGAGGAAGAGAGGGGUGGGGAAAGCGGUCUGGGGAAGAGGGAGUGGCCUUGGCCGGGGAUGUCGCAGCUGAGUGGGAUGGAGACGCUGGAGCCGGUGAUGAGAGGGUUGGUUGAGGAGAUUGGAGCUGGAGAGGAGGGGGAGUUGAGAGAGGUGGAGGAUCCUCUUGGGGGGCACAGGUGA